AUGUCUGGUGAAAGUAUUUCAUGGGAGCUGCUAUCUUCGUCUUUGGAGAAGGAUUUGUUUCUUUCUUCCUAUAAAGAUAGGAUCGCUGCUUUUCACAAAGUCGAGUCUUUCUUGUCUCAAUCGAGAGAAGGACAAGAAAAACCAAUUACAGAAAUACAAAGUCUAUUGUUAAGACAUUAUACCAAUUUGUUGGAUAAUAAAUCCAUAGAAUUAUCAACCAAUAUUUUAACACAAACUUUUCAAUUGAACAAAGAUUCACUUCCAAAAUUCUUGCAAGUUUUCAAUAAAUUUGUUACAAAGCAUAUAUGUGUUGCAUUUAAUGAUUUAGUUGUUUUAUCAAGCUGGGUUAAUUCAAUUUUAAUUAACUUUGCAAACGAUGAAAUUUUAUUUGAAAAGAUUGUCAAAGAAAUUGCUUCUACACAAUUAUUCAUUUUCGAAUCAUUAUACAAUCAAUUCACAAGUGAAGAUGAUAGACACAAAAACAGAAUAAGGAAAUCAAUUUUGAAAUCAACAAGAUCUGCAUUAUCUGCAUUAUCAUCAACACAAGUCUCUAAAUACAUCAAAUCAGCGACCACUUCAACCAGUCUACCUAUGGGUGCUAUAACAGUCUUAGGUUUGAUUUCAAAAAACGCUUCUCAACUUACUGAUGAAGAUAAGACUUCCGUUAAUGAAUAUUACAAAAAGAUCGUUUUGGCCAGUAAAACACCAUUGACAAAUGCUUCAGAUCUUGCGCCUUUUUUCAACAAAUUUUUGUCACAAGAUGAAUUUGAAAAGUCAUUACUUCCAAGUUUAGAAAGAUCAAUUUUGAGAUCUCCAGAUUUAGCACUUCCAUUAACAUCAAAUUUAUUAAAAUCUUUACCUUCAUCAUAUGACUUGCCAAAAUAUUUGACAGAGUCAAAAUUAUUAUCCCAAAUAACCUCAUCAUACAAAAGUUCCAAAGAAAAUGUUCGUGAAUUAGCAUUGGACCUUUAUAAGGUCAUUAUUGCUUAUGAAUCAACUGAAGAUGUUUUGCUAAAAGUUGCUGAUGAAUUUUUGAAAACUUUAAAAUCAUUAUCAGCUGCUGAACAAAAGGCCCUAGUUGCAGAAUCAUUAGCUUUGAUCCCAAUUAAAUUCGAAAAGGUUUCAUUAAAGGUUGCUUCAUCGUUGAUUGCAUUCGUCUCAAAAGAUCAAAAUGAAAUUUCAUUAAAUGAAUUAUUAACAGCUUUUUUCAAACACAUUUUGGUUCCUGUCAAGAAUGGUUGGGAGAUUCCAUCAGAUGCUAAAGCUACCGUUUUGAAAGGUUUGAAAGAUGCUAAAUUACAACUGAGAAGAUUAUGGGCUAUCAACUUGGGCUCUUCUAUAAAGAACUUAGAGAUCAAUGAACCAUUAACUCAACUUAUCACCGAAUUAUUCCCAGCUUUGGUCCAAGCAUCUGAAGAAGUUUUUUCCAAUCCAACUAAUAACAUCAAAGGUAUCAGUAUUCCAUAUGUUGUUUCAGUGAUCGCAAAUAGCAUUGAAAGUUUAGAAGGUGCUGAAUCUUUUAUUUCAAGAACUAUUACUGAAACUGAGAAACCAUCAGUCUUAUUGAAUCCAAGAGUUUAUUCAAAAUUCACUUCAGAAGAUGAAAAAUUAUGGUUUGUCGAAUCCCUUUUCAAUGUUACAAAAGCUUUCAAAGAAUCAAGUACAGCUUUAGGUAAAUCAUGGAUCACUUUUAUCUUAUCCAAAGAUUCAUCACCAGAGUUACGCCGUUUGAACUUUAAGCUUUUAGCAGAUGCUUAUGCCGUUAACCAACUUAUCAUUGGUGAUUCAGUCAUCAGUGCACUAUAUGAAGCUUUAGUCAAGAGCUCACAGUCUGAUGAAUAUAACUUCAAUUAUGUUUAUUCAUUCUCUACUAGAGUUCUUCAUGCUCUUUUCCAAAAUUCUAAGGAUGUUAUACAAGAUAUUUUGAUCCAACAUUUGAGUAAUACUGUUAUUGUUUCACAUCAUAAAUCAUUAGUUGAUACUGGAUUCUCUUGGAUCUCAUUGGUGCUCGGCUCUCAAAUUGACCCUGGUUUAAUCGUCAAGUUGAACCACAAAGAUCUAGUUUCUCAAAUUGCUGAUGUUUUGGCAACUAAUGAAGAAAGUAAACUCUCAAGUGGUAUCUACCAUGCUGCUGCCGCUGCUGCUUCUACUUUAGCAUUCAUUGAACCAUCAGCUGUUCCUUUGUUAUUGAAUGACUUGAUCGUUGACGGAUUAUCUUCAUCAAGAUUGAACAAGAUAUCUGAACAAGAACUUGCUAUUUACAAAGCUAAAGAAGGUGAAUUAGUUAUCAACGUUCUAGAAAACAAAAAGAAUGUUGUUGAAAACAAAAACACUAAAGACUAUGAAACUCGUAAAUGGGAAGAAAGUUUGAGAAAGGAAGUUUCAAAAAAACAACAAGCAACCAAGAAGUUAACUAAAGAAGAGCAAGCUAUUGUUAAUGAACAAUUAUCAAAAGAGUCAAAUAUUAGACAACGUAUUCAAGAAGUUCAAAAUAAUUUGUACCGUGGUAUCACAAUUAUUGAUGCAUUAUCUAAAAAUGUUGAACUUGUUGAUAAUGGUAAAUCAAUUUGGUAUGCUACUGCUGUUAAUAAACUUUUAGAAGUUUUAUCGCUCAACGUCACUGCUGAGCUUGUUGGCUACUUUCCAAUAGAAACAUUUUUAAACUUAUCAAAAGCAGUGUCCUCAAAAUUAGGUCCUUUGAGAUUUUUCUUGGGUGUUGCAACUUUAAGAGUUAACGAAGUUAAAAAUCCAGAAGAACGUUUGUCACAAGAAGAUUUAUUAGAAUUGAUCACCAGAUUAUUAUUCCGUGUUAAAUUCUUAUCUGAUCAACAGCCAUUUGACUAUUUCAGUUUGAUUUAUGCCUUACCAUUGUUGACCAAAGUUCUUGAAAGAGGUAAAGUUGUUGCUAUUCAAAAUUCAAAGAAACCUGCUACCAAGUCAGAGUUUGUUGAAGAAGAUAAAGAAGAAGAACAAUUACAUUUAGCUGUUGAAAUUAUUGGUACACAUGCAGAAUUGUUCAAGAAUACUACAAUUCCUCGUGAAAAUAUUAUCAAUGUUUUAUUAUCACUAUUACAACUUCCAUCUAAAGCUAAAUUAGCAAAAGAGUCCUUGUUAACUUUAUGUCAACAUAUUUCAGUUGAUUAUUCUGAAGCUGAUUUGAAUUUAUUCUUGGCUGGUACUCUUUCACCGGAAACUUUCGUUCGUAACACUGUGUUAGAAGCUUUGGAUCAAGAAUUUGAUUUAUCAGAUUUAUCAUACUCUAAUGAAAUCUGGAUUUCUUGUCAUGAUAAUGAUGAGAACAAUGCCGAAAUUGCAGCAACUAUUUGGGAGGAAAACAAACUAUCUGUCACUUUCGAUUCUAUCAAAUCAUUAUAUCCAUUUUUAGGUGUUGCUGAUAGUGGUUUACGUUAUUCAGUCGCUAGAGCAUUAUCCGAUGCUAUUCGCUUAACGGCCUUUGAAAAGGAUAUAUUCAGAUCAGUUGUUGAAGAAUUACAAAACUUGUAUGUUGAAAAAGCAACUCCUCCAGAGCCAUUACUUGAUGAGUUUGGUUUGGUUAUCAAAACUUCACAAGAACAAAAGGAUCCAUGGGAAGAUCGUAAUGGUAUUGCUACUACCUUUAAAUUCAUUGCUGAUUUAUUUGUGGAUGAACAACUUGUUGCUGACUUCAUCAACUUUAUCAUCAAUAAAAGAGCUUUGGGUGAUCAAGAAACACUUGUUGCUGAUGAAUUCAAAGAUGCUGCUAUUGAAAUUAUUGAUGCACACGGUGCUGGAACUGUUGAAACUUUAAUUCCAGUUUUUGAAUCUGCAUUAUCGGCUUCCAAGGGUACUGAUAAAUCUGAAGAAACAAUCAGAGAAAACGUUGUUGUCCUCUAUGGUACAUUAGCUAGACAUUUGUCAAGUAGUGACGCUCGUCUCAGUACAAUUGUUGACAGAUUACUUAAAACUUUGGAAACACCAUCAGAAAGGGUUCAAAAGGCUAUCUCAGAUGUUAUUGCACCAUUAGUUCACCUUUUCAAACCAAAAGUUGGUGGAUACAUCGAACAUUUGUUCAAAGUUCUUUUUGAAGCUAAGACUAAUCCUCGUAAACGUGGUGCUGCUUAUGGUAUUGCUGGUUUGGCAAAGGGUUAUGGUAUAAGUUCUUUAGCUGAAUUUGAUAUAAUUCGUAACUUGAGUGAUGCUGCUGAUGAUAAGAAAGAUCCAAAACGCCGUGAAAGUGUUUCUAUUGCAUUCGAAUGUUUAUCUUCUACAUUGGGUAAAUUUUUUGAACCAUAUGUUAUUGAAGUUUUACCGAUCAUCUUGAAGAGUUUAGGUGACGCUGUUCCGGAAGUUCGUGAUACAACAACAAAUACUGCCAAAGUUAUGAUGCAAAAUACCACAGGUUACGGUGUAAAAAAGUUGAUUCCUUUGGCUAUUGAAAACUUAGAUGAAAUUUCAUGGAGAACAAAGAAAGGGUCAGUUGAAUUGUUAGGUUCUAUGGCUUACCUUGACCCAGCUCAAUUAUCUGCGUCAUUAUCUACAAUUGUUCCAGAAAUUGUUGGUGUUUUGAACGAUUCUCAUAAGGAAGUCCGUAAGGCUGCUGAUGUGUCAUUGAAAAGAUUUGGUGAAGUUAUUCGUAACCCAGAAAUUCAAACAUUAGUUCCUGUUUUGAUUAAGGCUAUUGGUGAUCCAACUAAGCAUACUGAAGAAGCACUCGAUGCAUUAAUCAAAACUCAAUUCGUCCAUUAUAUUGACGGUCCAUCUUUAGCAUUGAUCAUUCAUGUUAUUCAUCGUGGUAUGAAAGAUAGAUCUGCCAACACUAAGAGAAAAGCUUGUCAAAUUGUUGGUAAUAUGGCUAUUCUUGUUGAUACUAAAGAUUUAUUACCAUACUUACAUCAAUUAAUUUCUGAAUUGGAGAUUGCUAUGGUUGAUCCUGUUCCAAAUACAAGGGCUACUGCUGCAAGAGCUUUAGGUGCACUUGUUGAGAAAUUAGGUGAAGAACAAUUCCCAUAUUUGAUCCCACGUUUACUUGACACUUUAUCUGAUGAAACUAAAGCCGGUGAUCGUCUGGGUUCUGCUCAAGCUUUGGCUGAAGUUAUCAAUGGUAUUGGUAUCCGUAAAUUGGAUGAAUUAUUGCCUACUAUCUUGAAAGGUGCAACAAGUACUCGUGCUUCUACUCGUGAAGGUUACUUGCCAUUAUUAUUAUUCAUUCCAGUUUGUUUUGGUUCUCAAUUUGCUCCUUACAUUACCCAAAUCAUUCCAGCUAUUCUUAACGGUCUUGCUGAUACUGAUGAAAGUAUCCGUGGUACUGCAUUGAGAGCAGGUAGAUUAAUUGUCAAAAACUAUGCUAGUAAGGCUAUUGAUCUGUUGUUACCAGAACUUGAAAAGGGUCUAUUGGAUGUCAAUCACCGUAUUCGUCAAUCUUCCGUUGAACUUACUGGUGACUUAUUAUUCCAAGUUACUGGUAUCAGUGGUAAAAACGAACUUGUUGAAGAAGAAAAUGAAUUUUCAGGUGCUCUUAAUACUCAAUUGGUUGAUGUUCUUGGUGUUGAACGUCGUGAUAGAGUUUUGGCAUUGUUAUUCAUUUGUCGUUCAGAUGUUUCAGGUGCUGUCCGUAGUGCCACUAUUGAUAUUUGGAAAUCACUUGUUGCUAAUACACCACGUACAGUUAAAGAAAUUUUACCAACUCUUACAAACAUCAUCAUUCGUCGUUUGGCUAACAGAGAUGAGCAACAACGUCAAAUUGCCGCUCAAACAUUGGGUGAACUGGUUCGUCGUGUUGGUGGUAAUGCAUUACCACAAUUAUUGCCUACAUUACAAGAAUCAGUACAAACAAGUGAUCCAGAUGCUAAACAAGGUGCAUGCAUUGCUGUUCAUGAAUUAAUUGGUUCUAGUAAUGAAGAUUCAAUUUACGAGUAUCAAGAAAUCUUUGUGGACAUUAUUAGAUCAACUCUUGUUGAUCCUUCACCACAAGUUAGAGAAUCUGCUGCUCAAGCAUUUGAUAUUUUCCAAAACACUGUCGGUAAGGUUGCUGUUGAUGAAAUUAUUCCAUACUUGUUGAACUUAUUAGAAUCACCAAACUCUGAAGACGCCUUAGCUGCUCUUCAAGAAAUCAUGACUACAAAAUCAGAAGUUAUUUUCCCAAUUUUGAUUCCUACAUUGUUAGAAUCACCUAUCGAUGCUUUUAGAGCUCGUGCUCUUGGAUCUAUGGCGGAAGUUGCUGGUAAAGCUUUAUAUAAACGUUUAACUACUGUUAUUAACGCUUUAGUUAAAGAAUUGGUCCGUGAAGAUGUUGAUGAUGAAGCUGCUGCUGUUUUGAAAGAAUCAUUUGAUAAGAUCAUUCUUUCAGUCGAAGAUGAUGAAGGUUUACAUCCAUUAUUACAACAAUUACUCGCUUUGAUUAAAGGUGAUGAUCCAAAGAAACGUGCUAUUAUUUAUGAACGUUUGAGCCCAUUCUUCAGUGAAUCUACGCUAGAUUACAGCAUCUAUACACAAGAUUUGAUGACUCAAUCCAUUUUAUCACUUGAUGAUAAAGACCCUGAAGUUGUCAAACAUUCUGUUGUUGCUUUAGCUGCUUUGACUAAGAAACAACCAAAAGAAUCAUUGGAAAGAUUGGUCAAACCAGCAAAACAAGCAUUACAAAUCACUGGUGUUUCAGGUCAAGACUUGUACGGUUUCACUUUACCAAAAGGUGCAAACUCUAUUUUACCUGUUUUCUCCUAUGGUUUAAUGUAUGGUAGUAGUGAUGUUAGAGAAGUCUCUGCAUUGGGUAUUGCCGAUCUUGUUUCCAAAACCCCAGUUGUUCACUUAAGAUUAUUGGUAACUCAAAUUACUGGUCCAUUAAUCAGAGUUGUUGGUGAAAGAUUCCCAAGUGAUGUUAAAGCUGCUAUCUUAUAUGCUUUAAACGUCAUUUUCGAUAAAAUUCCACAAUAUUUACGUGCUUUUAUUCCUCAACUGCAAAGAACUUUUGUCAAAUCAUUAUCAGAUGCUAAUAACGAAACAUUACGUUUGAGAGCUGCUAAAGCCUUAGGUACUUUGAUUGAACAUCAACCAAGAGUUGAUCCAUUAGUAAGUGAAUUAGUUAUGGGUGCAAAGAAUGCUGAAAAUUCAGGUGUUAAAACCGCUAUGUUGAAAGCCUUAUUAGAAGUUAUUACCAAAGCUGGUGAAAAGAUGAGUGAGUCUUCUAAAACUUCCAUUUUGGAUCUUGUUGAAGAUGAAAUUCUUGAAGCUGAUGAUAAAUUAGCUGUUGCAUAUGCCAGAUUAGUCGGUUCUUUAUCGCGUAUCUUAACAGCUGAUGAAGGUUUACAUAUCUUGAAAUCUAAAGUUCUAGACAGUAAAUUUGAUGAUGGUGACUCUUCUAAGUUUGCAAUUCUUACAUUGAACUCAUUCUUGAAGGAUGCACCAGACCAUAUUUUCAACAAUGGUUUAUUACCACAAAUUGUUGCUGCUUUAGUUGACGGUACAAAUUCUACUUCAUCUUAUAUUAGUGAUAAUUCUGUUCUUGCCAUUGGUAAAAUUUUAUUAUUACAAGAUGAAAAGGCUGCUCCAAAAGCUAAACCAGUUUCUGAAGAACCAUUUGAUAUUCCAUUCCCAUUGGUUAGUGAUUUAGUCAAACAAUUGGCCAUCACAACAUUGAAACCAGCUAGUAAUUCAUUAGAUACUAGAAGAUUGUCCUUGACUGUUGUUAGAACUGUUUCAAGACAAAAAGGGUCAAUUUUCAAGGCUCAAUUGGAUGUUAUCGCCCCUUCAGUUUUUGCUUGUGUCAGAGAUGUUAUCAUUCCAAUUAAAUUGGCAGCUGAAAAGGCAUAUUUGGCCUUAUUCAACCUUGUUGAAGAUGAAAAUAUGGAAGGUUUCAAUAAAUGGUUCCAAGAAACAAGUGAAAAGGGUACUACUGUUAAUACUGUCAUUGGUACUACUGUUCAAAUGAGAUCAAUUGGUGAUUACACCAAGAGAGUUGCUGUUAGAUUAGUUGGUGUUGAAAGAGAAAGAAUCGCAGCAGGUGGUGAUGAAGAAACUUUAUACUCAGAUAGAUUUGAAGAUGAAAGAGAAAUCUGGGCAAUCGGUGGUGUUGAUCUUUCGAAUGUUUGA